UACGAGCAGUAGUACUAUGUGAUUCCAAUUCAGCCGUGAUCUCAUCUCCGUCCACACACCACCCAUAGAUCUCAUCGUUCUUAUCCCCUCGUAAUCGAAUCCCAAUCGUUUCCUCGUCACCUCCUUCAACGCCGCCGCCUCCUCCGGUCCUCCCGUCCUACACGAGGAUUCUGUUCUGUGCUGUCUUUAGCCAGCAAUUACUGGAGUAAACGGCAACCGCGUACGGUACAGCUUGUCAGCUGCCUCCGGAUGGGGGCGUGGUUACCCGAGUUUAUCCUAGUACUGGCUCGCGCGCCCACGUCGCCGGACGCGUGUCCAGCCAGGACGAGCCUUUGGUCGGUGGCCACCCAACCUCCAUCGCUAUAUCCGCCCCAAGCCUGCGGCCACGUCUGGGUACGUCGCGCGCCAUCCUCCCAAUCUCAAGUCGGGCCCGAGUUACUAACUCCCAGCCGCGUCAUCGCGCCCAAAACAUUCUGCUCCGUCCCACGAGACCACGGCCGUCAGCCGGCAGCAAAUACGAUAUCUAGCGCCGCAGCAGCAGCAACUGGCCAACGUGCCGCGUCGCGUAUAAAGCUCAGCUCUAGCCUUUCUUCCUCGCAAGAAUCCCCUGUUCUGUUCUGUUCGAUCUCGCCCAAGAGAACUACUUCGUGUAACACGCGUCUUCAAGCUCGAUCGAUCGGUCGAUUCGAUCCAUUCAUGGCGGCCUCCUUGUCCCCCUGCCCCAUGGAGAGCGCUGGCUCGCGCUUGCUCCUCCUCCUCGUCUUCCUCUUCAUCGCCGUCGUCGGCUCGUCUCCGGCUUCGCGGUGCGGCAGCUGCGUGCGCCGGUCCAAGGCCGCGUACCGCGCCUCCUCCCCCGCCCUGGACAACGCCGGUUCGUGCGGAUACGGCGCCCUGGCGACGACCCUGGACGCCGGCGGGCUCCUGGCCGCCGUGAGCCCCGCACUCUACAGGGACGGCGCCGGCUGCGGCGCGUGCUACCAGGUCCGAUGCACGGACGCCGGCCUCUGCAGCACGUCCGGCGCCAGGGUAGUCGUCACGGACCAGGCGCGCGUCACGGACCGCGCCGACCUCGUGCUCACGGGCGCGGCGUACGCGGCCAUGGCCAGCGGCGGCGCUGGAACGCCCGCCGCACGGAAGCUCAGGGAGCGGCGCGCCGUGAAUGUAGAGUACAGGCGCGUGCCGUGCGAGCCCCACGGGCACCGCAACCUGUCGGUGCGCGUGGAGGAGGGCGCGCCGGAAGCAGAGCAGCUGGCGAUCAGGUUCCUGUACCAGGGCGGGCAGACGGACAUCGUGGCCGUGGACGUGGCGGCUGCCGGGUCGUCGUCGGGGUGGAGGCCCAUGGCGCGAGAGCGCGGCGGGCCGGCGUGGAGGACGACGGGCCGGGGGGCGCCCGAGGGCCCGCUAAGGAUGAGGAUGGUGGUGACCGGAGGGUACGACGGGAAAUGGGUGUGGGCCGACGGGGAGGUCAUCCCGCGGCGGUGGAAGGCCGGACGGGUGUAUGACACCGGGGUCCAGAUCGCCGACGUGGCGCUGGACUGGUGCCAUGGCCACCCCUGCCACGACGACAGCCGAGAGUGGAGGUGACACGGAGGAGCCGAGAGGAGCCCACUCACUGUGCAGUAGUCUUUCCGUUUCUUCUUGUUAAUUUCUUCUCUUCUCGGGUGAACGAAACGAAAGGAAUGGUUGGAUCAAUCGAGGAGUCAAACAUGCCGUUGCAAUUGA